GGAAAUUACCGCUUCAUGAAACUUUUACUGGCUCGUAGAGGGAACUGGAUGCAGAAGGACUUGGAGGACAUGACACCAUUACAUUUAACUACACGUCACAAAAGCCCAAAAUGUUUAGCUUUGUUGCUAAAACAUAUGGCGCCUGGAGAAGUGGAUACCCAGGACAGAAACAAGCAAACUGCAUUGCAUUGGAGUGCCUACUACAAUAACCCAGAGCAUGUGAAACUUCUCAUAAAACACGAUUCAAAUAUCGGCAUCCCUGAUAUUGAAGGAAAAAUCCCACUUCACUGGGCAGCUAACAACAAGGACCCUAGUGCAAUUCACACAGUGAAAUGUAUUCUGGAAGCUGCACCUACAGAAUCUCUGCUUAACUGGCAAGACUAUGAAGGACGAACUCCCCUUCAUUUUGCCGUUGCUGAUGGGAAUGUGGCAGUUGUUGACGUCCUGACCUCCUACGAAGGCUGCAAUGUGACAUCUUAUGACAACUUGUUUCGAACUCCCCUUCACUGGGCAGCCUUGCUUGGUCAUGCACAGAUUGUCCAUCUCUUAUUAGAAAGGAAUAAGUUUGGAACUAUCCCAUCUGAUAGUCAAGGUGCAACACCCCUUCAUUAUGCAGCGCAGAGCAACUUUGCUGAAACAGUUGAAGUAUUUUUGAAACAUCCUUCUGUAAAAGAUGACUCAGAUCUUGAGGGAAGAACGUCCUUCAUGUGGGCAGCUGGCAAAGGCAGUGAUGAUGUCAUUAGGACUAUGCUGACUUUAAAAUUGGAUAUUGAUAUCAAUAUGAUGGACAAAUACGCUGGCACAGCAUUACACGCUGCUGCCCUUUCUGGCCAUGUCAGCACAGUGAAAUUGCUGCUGGAACAUAACGCACAGGUGGAUGCUUUGGAUGUCAUGAAACACACGCCGCUUUUCCGCGCCUGUGAGAUGGGACACAAAGAAGUGAUACAAACACUCAUUAAAGGAGGAGCACGAGUAGAUUUGGUUGACCAAGAUGGCCAUUCACCCCUUCACUGGGCAGCCCUGGGAGGAAACGCUGACGUGUGCCAAAUCUUGAUAGAAAACAAAAUCAACCCUAACGUGCAGGAUUAUGCAGGUAGAACCCCUCUGCAGUGUGCUGCUUACGGAGGUUACAUUAACUGCAUGGUGGUGUUACUGGAGAACAACGCAGAUCCAAAUAUUCAGGAUAAAGAGGGAAGAACUGCUUUGCACUGGCUCUGUAACAAUGGCUACCUUGAUGCUAUAAAGUUGCUGCUUGGUUUUGAUGCUUUCCCUAAUCAUAUGGAGAACAGUGAGGAGAGAUAUACUCCACUUGAUUACGCCUUGCUUGGUGAACACCAUGAAGUGAUUCAGUUCAUGUUAGAACAUGGGGCUCUGUCUAUAGCUGCCAUACAGGACAUCGCUGCUUUCAAAAUUCAGGCUGUCUACAAAGGAUACAAAGUUAGAAAGGCUUUUCAAGAGAGGAAGAACCUUUUAAUGAAACAUGAACAGCUGAGAAAAGAUGCCGCUGCCAAGAAACGUGAAGAGGAAAGUAAGAGAAAAGAAGCCAAGCUGCAGAAGGGGACACAGAAUGUGGAACAAAGCAGGUUUCGAGGACCACAGAAUUCUGCAAAUAGAGAGAAGACUAGCAGCCUCUCGCAGGUGCCUAAUAAACCCGUUGAUACACAGAGUAAGAGACCUCUGUCCCUCAAUGCUUCUCAGAUUCAACCAGGGAGAAACAGUAGAGGUUCACCUAAAACUUGUCACAACAAAGGGACACCAAAGGAGAGUUGCCUGGCAGCAGAGCCUCAGUGUGAAGGUCGUAAAACCAGGCAAGAUUCCUUGAGGAAACACACCAAAAGCAAGUCAAGUGGUGUCCAUUUCCAUUGUGGCAAAGCAAAAGAGGGAACAAAAGCUGAAGUCAACCAUCAGGUUGUGGCUGCUGCAGAACUGGAUGGAGAGAAGCACAAGGGGCACGCUGUCGAGGCGGCGGGUACUUGUGCUCGGAGGAGCAGAAGGCAUACUACUUCUGCUUGUAGGACUGCAAGCGUUGGGGAAAAAUUAAGAGAUCAAAGCCAGCCUUCAUCUGGCAACAGGGACCAUUGUGAAGGAACAGCUGUGUUCUGCAACGUCAGUUCUUCUGGUGGAAUUGCGAGAAACUCAAAGCAGCGUGAAGCUUCUUCCAAAAGCAAAAGGCAUCAGCAGAAAUCCAGAAAUAAAGAGGUAAAUGAUGAGCGAUGUUCACCAGCUGGCUCCAGUAGACCAGCAAGUGCCAAAAUGGUAUUUGUAAACACCAGAAAUGACAGUGUGCACGCUGUAGAGCAAACUAACAAAGUGGGAAAUAAAGAAUUAGCAAAAAAGGCCUCCCCUUUAUUGUCUGCUGAGGCAGAACCUACCGGAACUGUGCCAAGAAACCCAGCAGUGUGUUCGCCUCCUGAUGACAGUUUGAACUUGGAAAAAACAGGCGUAAUUGGAUCCAGGAAUGCAGAUUAUCAAUUAUGUUCUGUCGCAUGGCAAAGUACAAAUAUUGAACUAAUCCCUUUAGAGAUUCGAAUGCAGAUAAUAGAAAAAGAAAGAAAAAGAAAAGAGCUGUUUCGGAAGAAGAACUAUGCUGCUACAGUCAUACAGAGGACAUGGAGAAGUUACCAGCUAAGACAGGAGUUGUUCCAGCUUCUUAGUGCUAAGCGGCAGUGCAAAGAAGAUGAAGACAAAUGGAGACAAGAGACAGCUGCCUUCUUCAUUCAGGUUGCUUGGAAGAAACAGCUGAACCAUAGCCCUCUGAAAUCAGCUCCUUCAUGUAAAAAUCCGAAAUCUAUAAACAAAACCAGCUCAGCCAUAAAAACCAGCAAGCAGUCCAUCCUUAGGCAGAUCUACGGACGUUCUCAGGAAGGCAAAGCAUAUCAGCCAACAAGACCUUCUUCGAAGCUGAAACUUUCUGAUGUGCAGCUGGUCUCAGGUGCCUGGAGAGGGUCAGAUGCUGUUCAGUUUGAGUCUUCUCUUGCAGAAGUAAACAACCUACAGUGUGUUAAUUUGCUGGAGAACAUGGGGAAAUCAAAGCAAUUUUCAUACAAUAUGAGACCAACCACGGCUGCAAAAUCCAAAAAUACAAGACUCAAGCACUAA